GGGAGACGAUCUUCUCUCUCCUCACUCUCUCUCUCUCUCUAAAAAGAAACUCCAAUCUGCUCUUUUACGGUGUAGGAUUUUAAUUCGGAGCAAAUUUUGGCAAUGUCAUCCAUUUCAGUUGCGGUUUUGAACAUCCAGCAUCCUUUAACCUUCAAACAAUCCAAUACAUGGUCAAUAUGUUGAGGUUUAAAGGGCUCAAGCUUUGUAUAAUCAGUGUCAAAACCAUGGAUGGAAGUUUGGAAGUUAAAGGGUGAGAUUAUGUCGAAUUGAGGGUUAGUAUACUGGUGUGCAGGAUGAAGUCACACACACAUUCAAAAGUGAAAGGAACCACUAGGGUUAACAAUCAGCAGGUGAUUUUUGAGCUUAAGCACCGAGUGGUUCUUGCAUUAAACAAGCUUGCUGAUAGGGAUACUUACCAGAUUGGGGUUGAGGAGCUUGAAAAAACCAUUGAAUGUCUAACUCCAGAUGGGGUGGCUCCAUUUCUGUCUUGCAUUUUAGAUACUGAUUCAGAGCAGAAGAGUGCAGUUCGUAAGGAAUGUAUCAGACUGAUGGGUACACUAGCUACUUUGCAUGAAGGCAGUAUUGGCCAAUAUCUUGGGAAAAUGGUAGCCAGCAUUGUUAAACGGCUUAAGGAUCCUGAUUCUGUCGUGAGGGAUGCAUGUGUGGAAACAAUCGGUGUUUUGGCUUCUAAGUUGAGCAAUAGUGAGGGUGAAUGUGAAGGAGCUUUUGUUUCAUUGGUGAAGCCUCUUUUUGAAGCCUUGGGUGAACAAAACAGGCAGGUGCAGUCUGGUUCAGCAUUGUGUUUAGCCCGGGUCAUUGAUAAUACCAAUGAUCCUCCGGUGUCCAUCUUGCAGCGGAUGUUGACUAGAACUGUUAAGUUGCUUAAGAAUCCACACUUCAUGGCAAAGCCAGCAGUCAUUGAAUUGAAUAGAAGUAUUAUUCAGGCAGGGGGUGCCCCAACACAAAGUGCUUUAAAUAGUGCAAUGAGUAGCAUUCAAGAAGCUCUCAAGAACAGUGACUGGACAACACGCAAAGCUGCUUCUGCAUCACUAGGAGAAAUUGCUUUGAGAGGCGGAUCCUUCUUUGGGUCUUUCAAGAAUUCAUGCAUUCAUUCCCUUGAAUCAUGUCGUUUCGACAAGGUGAAACCAGUUAGAGACACAGUACUGCAGGCCUUGCAUCUCUGGAAAAGUCUUCCAGGGCCUGAUACGCGUGAACCUUCAGAAGCUGGAUCUUCAAUUAAAGAAAAUUCUUGUAAGGGUGACUAUGGUUCUAUUUCGUGUGCUGCUGAGUCCAGAUGGAAGGAUGUCCCCCUUACAAAAGUUGGUACUGGUUCAAUUAAGAAAAGGGUUCCUCUCUCUGUCAGAAAAGCAUGCCAAAAUUAUGCUGAAAAUCCUCAGCGUUCAGAAGCAAGUGAUUGGCCGAUAGAAAUUGCAGUUCCAAAAACCCAUUGUGUUUCUAUAGCGGAUGUCCACAAUGAAGAAUCUGAAGGUAGUUCUGUCACUAAAACAUUUGAAAGAAUGAGUGCUGUUAUCACAAGCCCUCAAGAUGUUGAUUAUGAAUAUGUGCCAAUGGAUGAUAGACAGGAAUGUUCUUCUGUGACUAAUCUUGUUGCUGAUAACUUUGAAACCAAGUUUGUGACAGUUUCUCAUGACUGUCUUGAGGAGGAUGGUAAGGUCAAGCCAAUGGGAAUAAAUCAGCAGUUUGCAGCUGAAGAAAUUAGCAGUGAAGAACAUAUAUAUUCCGCAAACUUCCGGGAUCGUAGAAGUCUUGAUUCCACGGUUACAGAAUCGAGUUCCCAAACCAUGCGCGGUUGUUGUUUGCGAACAGCAAAUGAAAUGGUUUCCGUUCGAAAGCAACUUUUGGAGAUUGAAAACAAACAGUCGAACUUAAUGGAUUUGUUAAAGGUUUUUACAACCAGCACAAUGGAUAGUUUGUCCAUGAUACAAUCACAAGUGUCAUGUCUAGAACAUGUAGUGGAUAGAAUUGCUCAGGACCUUGUUCAUGGAGGGAGGUAUUCUGACCAAGCUACUUCCAAACUUUCGAAGAAGAGCUCAAGUAUUGCUUCUCCUAGACUCUCUACAUGCACUCCACGUCCAUCUAUAGAUAUACGUAAUAGACAGCCUUCAUUAUUAAUGAAAAAUCCCGAGGUUUGGGAGGAAAAAGCCUUUUCUAGUAGCAGAUCAAGCAAUUCUGCUAGACAAGGAAUGGAGACGUGGACAGAUCACAGGGUAAAAUUAAAUAGAAAUCCUGUAAGGAAGGGCAGUCAAAUAAGUUCUGGACAUAAAAUCAAUGUUGGUCAAACAAGAAAGAAUGAUGCUAUCUUUGCUCCCAUUUCUACUACUGAUACCAGACAAAAUAGUCCAGAAAUCAGUAAUAACCCGUGGGAAUUUGUGAAAGGUUAUCUAUUGGAAGGGGACAUCGACUCCGCAUAUGUGGAAGCUCUAUGUUCCGCUGAAGAACUUGUUCUUAUUGAACUUCUUGAUAGAACCGGUCCUGUCCUGGAAAGUUUAUCACACAAGACUGCCACCGAUGUUCUAAGCACUUUGGUGUCGUACCUCCUAGAACAAAGAUUUAUAGAUUCCAUAAUCCCUUGGUUGCAGCAGGUGGUGGACCUGAGUUCUAUCCAUGGACCAAAUUAUGUUGUUCUUUCUGCAAAAGCAAGGAGAGAAUUUCUAUCUGCAAUUCAGAAAUCUGCCAACAUGGAGUUUCCCAACCUAGCAGAGAGAAGAUCUGUCAUGCAGCUAACAAUGAAAUUGCACCAGAUAUGGGGAAAAUGCUCCUGAGAAAAAGCUAUAAUCAGUGUGCCUGAGGAUUUGCUGAUGUGAAGGAGAGAACUUCUGUACCAUUCUUGAAUUCCAACCUCUAUAUAUGGAGACGAUGAAAAGUGUGUUUGAAAUGAAAAAUCGAAUCUUUUAAAUGACUAAUUAUGCGACACUGGUUCCUCUCAUCUCUAUGUUCCAAGGAGAAGGUUUGGUUUGUCAACUGUGUAGUUUUCAAUGUUUGCUACUUUGCUCCCUAUGCUGUUAUUUAUAAUGCCAAUGAACGUGAAUAUAUAGGAACGUGAAAAUAUAGGACCUUGGGUAGAUCAUUAUAAGUGCCCUAUUUCCAUCUUAGGCAC